AUGUCAUUGCGUCCUUCCCUCAAUGCCUUCCUAGCCAAGGCCAGAGACGCAUUAGCAAGUCCAGCCGCCCAGAGACCCAAUCCAUUGACCUUGGUCGUCGGCAACGAAUCUGCAGACCUCGAUUCCCUCUGCUCCGCCGUCGUGUACGCCUACCUCCGUAGCACCACCCUGCCCAGCCCGACCCUCCACAUCCCGCUCUCGAACCUACACCGCGCCGACCUGGCCCUCCGACCCGAAUUCACCUCCGCCCUCGCCCGCGCCCACCUGCAACCGUCUGAGCUCCUCACACUCGACAAUUUACCCUCCGUCCUCGACCCACGCGCCACACGAUGGGUUCUCGUCGACCAUAACGCGCUCACAGGCGCCCUCGCGAAACGCGGGUUCAGCGACCACGUCGUCGGAUGCAUCGACCACCAUGCCGACGAGGGCCGCGUCCCGCCCACAGACGGAACGGACGAGCCACGUGUCAUCGAGAAAUGCGGCAGCUGCGCCAGUCUGAUCGCGGGCUUCUGCCGGCCUGCGUGGGAAGAAGCACUGCGCAGCCGCGGGGGCCAGAUAGAAGAACCGGAUGCACAUAUCGCGCGACUCGCCCUGGCUCCGAUCCUGGUCGACACGGCGGGACUGAAGGCGGGAGACCGAACCACCGAUGCUGACGUGCAGGCGGUGGAGUUCCUCGAAGGCUUGCUCCAGGACGAUCCCAGCUACGCGCGGGAUACGUACGUGGACGAGCUGAUGCGGACGAAGGAAGACCUGUCGGGGUUGGGGUUCCGCGACAUCUUCCGGAAGGACUACAAGCAGUGGGAGGAGCGCGGUGCGGUGCUGGGCAUUUCAUCGGUCGUGAAGGGCCUGGACUACCUCCUGGGCGACAAGGCGGGAGGCGAUGCCGAGGUCUUCCUGGAGGCGUUUCGCAAGUGGGCGGAGGAGGAGAAGAAGCUGGAUGUGGCCGUUAUCAUGACGACGGCGCGCCCGGGUGGGGAGUUUCAGCGGGAACUGCUCGUGUGGGCCUUCAACGAAGCAGCUGUGGCCGUGGCCGAGGGCUUCGUGGAUACAUUUGGUGCCGAGUUGGGUUUGGAGACUUGGCGCGAGGGGGGGUUAGACCUCGUCGAGGGGGGUGUCUGGAGAAAGGCAUGGAAGCAAAGAAAUGUUAAGCAUAGUCGUAAGAAGGUGGGACCUAUGCUGCGAGAAGCGAUGAACGGGAACUCGAGGCUAUAG